AAUGAAUGCAAUCUCUUAUUUGGAGCAAAAGCAACAUAUAGAAAGUAUUCCUACUUAUGCAAUGUUGUCAUCUGAUGCUUAUAAGAAAUUACCAACAAUCAUUUUGAAUGUGCAAGGGAAGGAUGUGGAGUUUUUGGUAGAUUCGGGGGCAACUAAUUCUGUGCUCCAGAAGUCGUUGUUUCCGGAUCAAAACUUUCAGGUAGAAUUAUUCUGUGCAGAAGUGCAAGUGGAGCAAUUGUCCCAGAAAGGUUUUCAUCCCCAAUGUCGUGUGUGCACAGUGACCCAAAUGAUUCAGAACCAGAGAAGAGAGCAAAAUGUUCAUUUUUGCUCUCUCCCCUGUGUCCAGUAAAUUUGCUAGGCAGAGACCUCAUGUUACGUUUCGGUGUGGGAGUGAUCCCCACUGCAACAGGCCUGAAGGUCGUAAGAUUAGAUAUCACCACACAGGAUGACUCAUUGUUUUCACAGAGCGCACAUGGCUCCCAGCUCGUAUUUCAGUGGGCUAUUCCCCAGGGUCAUGCAGCAGGCUUGCUGCAUGAGGCCAGAAACUUGAUCUCUCCUUUUGCUGAGUUCAGAGAGGAACAUGACUUGCAUUGCACUUGUUUUGUUUCCUCGCAACGUGAUGACAUGUUUGUUGAAGAAUUUUUCAAAGAAGAAACAGAUGAGCUUGAAUGUAUUUACUUAUACUGGCAUAAAAAUAAAUGUGCAGUUGCUGUAAACUUGACUGAAAAACAGAGAGUGUUUUUCAGAAAUCAACAUUCAUGUGCUCAUAUUUCUUUGUCCAAAUCUCCCACAGAUCAGUGGAGAAACUUGGGACAGUUUGUCCUGGACUGUGACCAACUGACUGACUGGGCUGAAACCGCGGAAGGGGAUGUGUACACCUCCCCCUCCACGGGAGCUUAUCGGAAGCUUUUAUCAUGCCGAGUGACAGCCACACGCAGUGUGUUCCAGCGGAAAGAGGCUGAAACACACACACACACGUUUUUGAAUAACUCUGUGAUUGUUUCACCCACAGAUAUCUCUCCGUUGCUGUCCCAAGUGCCGAAUCACCUGUGGGCAGCGCACAAAUAUGACGUGGGGCUCAUAAAAAAUUGUCAGCCUGUCGUCAUCACUCCUCGCUCAGAUUUCAGGCCCAAAAGACAUCAGUACCCACUGAAACAAGAAGCAAUUAAUGGAAUCAGGCCGGUUUUUAACUCUCUUUUGAAAGCAGGUGUUAUUGUUCCGUGUCCUGAUUCACCCGUUCGCACGCCUAUUUUCCCGGUCAAGAAAAUUCGUGACAAGGGAAAACCGGUCGAAUGGCGUUUUGUCCAAGACCUCAAAGCAGUAAAUGCAGCGGUCCACGCACGGGCUCCCCUCGUUCCGAACCCCUAUACCAUAUUGCAAGGGAUUCCAGGGGGGGCACAGUAUUUUUCUGUUGUUGAUUUGUCUAACGCUUUUUUCAGUGUUCCUGUGGACAAAGACAGCCAGUUCUGGUUUGCAUUCCUGUUUGAUGGUGAGGGUGAACCGCACGACUGUUUGGCUGAAUUGCAACACACCUGUGCUCCGCGCCCAGAUCUGACCGACACACCGGUGCCAAAUUCAGAUCUGGUUUUGUAUGUGGAUGGGUCAGCCUCACGCUGCCCUGACACCGGACAGGGACAGGUAGGGUUUGCUGUAGUAUCAGACUCAGAGACCUUAAUCGCUAAAUCUCUUCCCAAACAUUUCUCUGCGCAGGCUGCUGAACUCAUUGCUCUCACUGAAGCGUGCAAACUGGCUGAGGGGUCGUCUGUUACGAUCUAUACAGAUUCAAGGUACGCCUUUGGGGUUGUACAUGAUUUUGGGGCAUUGUGGAAACACCGAAACUUCCUCAAAUCUGAUGGUAAGCCUAUUUUGAAUCACAGACUGAUAAAUGACCUUCUGUCUGCUAUUUUGCUCCCUUCACAGAUAGGCAUAUGCAAAUGUUCCGCACACACUGGGGCAACUGAUGAGGUCUCCAGGGGAAACGCGCGUGCUGACAUGGCUGCAAAAGCUGCUGCACGCCUUCCCGUUGUGCUGGAGGACACAUUAACUUGCACCACCACUGAUUUUUCUCUUCCAGAUUCAGUGGCAGCUAUGCAGACACAUGCUACGCCACAAGAAAAGACACAGUGGAAAAAUGCAGGGUGCACCUUUAAAGAGGGUGUCUGGCUGGGGCCAGAUUCAAAACACUGCCUUCCACGCCAUUUCUUUUCACAUUUUGCUAAGUUAGCACAUGGGCGGGAUCAUGUUUCCAAGGGAAGCAUGCUGUCUCUGUUAACACAGACUUGGUUCACAAAGGGCUUCACAACAUUUGCAGAAAAGUUUUGUAAAGCUUGCAUGACAUGUGCACAACACAACAUUGGUAGACCAGAGAUUGUAACACAGCAGGCGGGGCACCCACCACCGACACAAGCGUUUGAACAUGUGAUGAUGGAUUUUGUUGAAUUAACACCAUCAGAGGGGAAGAAGUGUUGUCUGGUGAUGGUUGAUAUGUUCUCAAAAUGGGUGGAGGUGUUUCCCGCUUCAAAACAAACCGCUUCAGUGGUAGCAAAAGCUCUAAUGUCUGAAAUUAUUCCCAGAUGGGGAAUACCAAGUCGAUUGUCAAGUGAUAACGGCACGCAUUUUGUUAAUGAAGCAAUAACCCAGUUAAGUCUGUACAUCGGCAUAGACCUCAGGAGGCAUUGCAGCUACCACCCCCAGAGCGCCGGCUCCGUUGAGAGAGAAAACGGCACUCUAAAAACCAAACUGGCCAAAUGCUGCGAAGACACAGGUCUUCCCUGGACAAAGGCGUUACCAAUCGUACUAAUGUACAUGCGAAUGAGGGUAAGAACGCGCAGUAACCUCAGUCCUUUUGAGAUUCUCUUCGGCAGACCACCAAGUGUGGGGGUAGAAGCUCCUAAAGCACCCCUUCCCUCUACCGCUCUGUGUGAGCAUGAGAUGUUGCAAUAUUGUGUACAACUGUCCUCUGCUCUCUCUGCCAUAAGAAUCCAGGUUUCUGCUGCCCUGCCCCACCCUGCUGAAGGACCACUCCACACGCUGCAGCCAGGAGACUUUGUGGUCGUAAAAAACUUCAGGAGGAAAAACUGGCAAUCCCAACGCUGGCAAGGCCCCUUCCAGGUUCUUCUGGUCACCCACACAGCAGUGAAGGUUGCUGAGCGGGCUCCGUGGAUCCACGCAUCACACUGCAAGAGGGUCCCAGCGCCAGAGGACGAGCCAGUCCCGCCAGACGCCCAGAAGUCCGUGGCCGGACAGCCCAAGUUCUGUGCCACCAACGCUGCAGUACAACUCACCAGAAACGAGGCAGUGGUAAAGACUGACUCCAACGGUGUGUCAUGUGCUGGCGGACGAACCUCUGACACCAGAAGAUAUCCACUUCGCCAGAAGCAAGACAGCCUGGUCCUGCAGCACCCAUCCAGUCAUCCGCACGCAUCUCGCCCCUGAAGCAGCAGACUUGCCGCGACGAUGGAAGGGCACAGGAGAAGACAGCUGCGGUAUCCAUCUCACAUUGUGGGGGGUUCUAAAAGUAUUCUUGCUCUCUGUGUUGUGUUUGUGUGUAUGGGGAUUGCAUUUAUUCUGAUGGACAGAUACGAAAGGGCUAAGCCACACAAAAAUGUCUCUAACAUCACUCUUUUUCCCAUUAACGCCUCUGAUGCACGACACACACUCAGUUUUCCCACAUCGCAUGCAGAUACAAAACGAGUGACGCGCUCCCCACAAUCCGCAUCUAGACGAUAUUGGAAACCAGAGUUUGAGCAAAAUAAAAGAAACAAUAAUCUAAGGUCAACAAACUUCACAGCAGUGGCCAACUCCACUAAUAGUUUCUUAAUACGACCAUGCGAGUUUAUUCAGUGUGGACCCGACACGUCACUAUGGGCAAGGGAGGAGUUUUACAUAUGUUAUGCAUCCGUGAUGGACGUGGGAAGGGACAGUAAGGGGAAGGCUCUGUGCCCUUCAUGGGACUUAGCAAUUUGGCACACGGGUAAGAAAGAUUGGGGAUAUCAGAUCCUUUCUGACCGCACAAAUUUGAGAAAUAGAUUGUCGGUGAGAAAAAUAUACGCCUUUUCACCUGAGUUAGUGCUAACCCUAAACAAUGCCGACCCACGAGACCAAGGCUAUUUCAUAAUAUGCGCACACUUGAAGGGAAAAGAUCCAUGCGGGGCGUUCUACAUCGAGGUGCUGACGGCCGAGAUGUACAACAAUGCUGUUAAAAAAUACAACGGCGGCGCGAACGAAAAGCUGACACCGACAAAAACUGAAGGGGCUACAGUAAACAAAUGGUUUGUCCCUUCUAACAAAGACGACGCGUUCUCAUCCAACGUUUGGCUGGGCUCCAUCAGGAAACUCACACGUGAUGUAGGUAUAAAUGACUCAUGCUUUGUUUGUUCAUUAUUCCCUCAUUCACAAAAACAGGCCACACCCGUCAAACCACACGCGUUAACCCUAAAUGACUCCAUUUGUGCACUGACCGCGCUCUCAGAUGUAGAAACAGGUGAAAAAACUAUGCCUUAUGUCGCCCCCUCUCUAAAAGACCCUUGUGCGUAUUUCCAUAAUCGUAAUGUGCGUGUACCAAAUGGCACUAUAAUUCCUGACUCCGAGAGUUUAGGACAAUUCCACUAUAGUUAUAUGCAGAAUCUACAGCAUGCACUUUGUAUUACACGUACUCGCGGUCAGGGAACACAAUACUUGGGCAAAACAAUGGGGUGCGUGACAAUUGUUAAUGCAACAUGCGGGGUGGGGGGUUUCAGCAUCAGCAAAUGCUUAAACGAACGUCCGGGGUUUAUUAAUCUCACAAUGAUAGACCCCUCCAGAACUAAUGUAAUACGCUGGCCUGAUGAUUCGGGUGCAGGCUCUUUAGUAGACUAUGUUUGGCUUUGCGGUGACCACUGGUACCAACUCCUCCCGCCUUUAUGGUCAGGCAGGUGCGCUCUGAUCUACCUGACCCCGUCAAUCACUGUAAUUCAACCUUUUGAACCCGUUUCGCAGCGUUCCUCUCGUCCUGUCACUUCUGUUGACAGCACUUUUAGGGCCAGACGCGCAAUGACAGGGGCUGGGUCCAAAUUCCUCUCAGGAUCCCUUCCGUGGUGGGGCGCAGUGAAUAAUGCACAUAAUAUUGAUAAAAUACAUGAAAGUUUGGAAAAUCUGACUGCUGUGAUGGUUGCUGGUUUUAGUGAACUCCCUCCCGUCAUGCGAGCUAUGCGUAACAUGCUUCUACAACACCAGAUGGGGUUAGAUUUACUGUUAGCAGCUCAGGGGGGCCUCUGUCAUGUAAUAGGUGAUCAAUGCUGCACAUUCAUCCCAGACAUUGAAGGUAAUCUCACUGACACAGUCCAUCAGCUAAAACAACUCGCCACUGUUCUCAAGGCCCAAGAUGUCCCUACAUCAGAUUCUGGGUGGGACUGGGGUGCUUGGAUAUUUGGGGAAGGUUGGAAAGCAAUGAUGUGGAAAGUUGCAACUCCAUUUGUCUCUGUAACGAUUUUUCUUCUAAUUGCUAUUUGCUGCAUUAUCCCAUUGUUUAAGAAAAUGAUUUCCGCUCUGUUUGUCUUUGAAAAGGUUCAGUAUCAGGCAGUGCAAUUACAUGAUGAUGGUCCUGGUCUGUUUGAUCUGCCCACCUACAAAGAUGACGAAUUUAACUCAGAUUCAGCUUCUGAGUUCGUGUGAGGUUUAAACUCCUGUAACUCAUUUGAUUGCUCAUAUAUUUCUUUUAUGCUAGGGGUAGCUUGAGCCCAGAGGAUUAGACUCCUCGAAGAAAUGUGUUAAUUCCUUUCAUUUUCCUCUUUUCAUGAAUAUUCUCCAGUAAUUUUCAAAUGUAUGAUGAUUAGGGUUGUAAUCAAAAGUGGGGAAUGUGAUGGAAAAAUUACAUAGACAAUGAUUCACCACGUAGGCAAAGACUGCUUAUCUGGAUGUUUAUUCACUUCCUACGCAUUCGUAAAAGUCAUCUGUGUUUUAGGUUAAAUCACCACAAUGUCUUCUGGCUGUGUCACCCUAGUUCACCCUUUUGCCUCAUAAAGAUGUUUACUGCUUCCUACGACACCUCCUGUUUUAGGGCCCUCAGUCCCCAGGGACAGCAACUGGCGUGGCGCUGUUUAUCUCCAGGACAAACAGAAGGCGAAGAGGAUACAGGCGGUCGGGAGAUAGACAAAUGUCACGCUGCCCAAAGUUUAGGUCAGGAAACGGAACUAAUCUAUAGAAAAGAUAAAUCUCUUCACUUCUAAGGUAGACACGACAGCGACAGCCAUCUGCUGAUGCAAUAAUCAUUAGGACAGAGACAGCAGCUGGCUCCGUCAAAUCUGAGAAAUAA